UAUAUAUCGAAAGUGGGUGCCACCCCCACAUGGGUAAUUCAAACUUUAUAUAUGUUACCCCGGCCACAAUCCACAAGUACUGCUCCCAACUUCUUAAUUUGCAAAUGCUCUUAUGUGCCUCUGUACGUGCAAAUUAUUAAGUCACCCUGCCCUCAUGAAGUCCGUAAUGAAACCUUCGGAAUUUCUCCAAAUGCGCAUGUAUUUGUGCACCGUCACUACUAUUUUUCUCGGCCUCCUAAUCUCAAGCACCCACGCCGUCACAAAGCAAGGCCAGUACCCAAGCCUCGCAAACCAAUUCUUGGCACCACACAAUGCUGCUCGCUCUUCCCUUAGACUGCGGCCAUUAAUGUGGGAUCCAAAACUGGCACGCUACGCACGAUGGUACGCCAAUCAAAGGCGCUUUGACUGUGCUUUGAGGCACUCUAACGGGCCCUAUGGCGAGAACAUCUUCUGGGGAAUUGGCAAUGGCUGGACACCAUCUCAGGCAGUGACGGCAUGGGUUUCGGAGCGAAAGUGGUACAAUUACCGGUCAAACUCUUGCGCCAGUGGACAGAUGUGUGGGCAUUUUACUCAGAUAGUGUGGAGAACAACGAGGAGAGUUGGGUGUGCCAGGGUGAUUUGUUCUGGUGGUCGAGGUGUGUUCAUGACUUGCAACUACGACCCUCCUGGAAAUUAUAUUGGCGAAAGGCCAUAUUGAUCAGAUCAUCGAUGUUUUUAGUUAUGCGUGCAUGCAUAAGAUAUUGCGGGCCGGCUACUGUGAGUGUGCUCAUAAGGCUUUUGUUUUAUAAUAUUGUUUGUGCAUAGCAGCUGCCAGUUGCAGCCAAUUUUCAUGGACAGUGAGCGUUGGGUCCUGACAACGCGGUCAGCUUGUGAAUUUCCUGCAUCUGUGCCAUCCAACAUGUCGUCUGAGGUUUUAUGAGUUCCUUCAUGGGCUAUCUAGUACCUUUUUAAUUGGUUCGUUCUAGAAAACAUGUAGAAUCUCGUGAUCCACGAACAUCGACUGUGUUGACGGCCCAAUACGUGGCUCUAAAUAAAAGGUUUUCUUUAAUUAUCAGCAAA